UAUAAAUGAGUUUUUUCUGCCCUCGGCUUUGGCGGUUCUAAACACUGCUGCUCCGCUAGCAUCCGCAUUGCGAUUAAGAAGAAUGGGAACAUCCUCGGAAGGAGAUCGGCCAUGGCAGUCAUAUAACACGGUUUACACCAACGCCAAAGCCGGUAUGGAUGGAGUUGAUAAAGAGAAAGUGCAAAGAAUUGUUUAUGAAAUGAGCAAAGGGUCAAAAUAUUUUGAGAAUGAAAAAAGGAAGGAGGCAUUCAUUAUGCAGAAGAUUGAAAGUUUGCGUGCUCAAGUUGAUAAACUUACAGACAAGGAUUUUUCUCAUUUUCAAAUGAUUGCCAAUAAAAAGAUCUUAGAGUUGGAAGCUUCACGUGAUCUUUCAAAGGUUUGGCUGCAUACUGAUAUGGAUGCCUUCUAUGCUGCCGUGGAGACAUUAGAGAAUCCAUCAUUGCGGGGAAAGCCUAUGGCAGUUGGUAGCUUGUCCAUGAUUUCCACUGCAAAUUACGAGGCUCGUAAAUUUGGCGUUCGUGCUGCAAUGCCUGGCUUCAUUGCAUGUAAAUUAUGUCCCGAUCUGAUCUUUGUGCCAACAAAUUUUGAAAAAUAUACUUUCUACAGUGAAUUGGCAAGAAAAGUCUUUAGGAGAUAUGAUCCUGACUUUAUUUCAACAAGUCUCGAUGAAGCUUACCUUAAUAUAACUGAAGUAUGCAUCAAUAGGGAGAUUAGCAGUGAUGAAGUUGCUGGCGAACUCCGGAAUGCUAUUUUUGAGGAAACUGGUCUGACGUGCAGUACUGGAGUGGCACCCAAUCUCAUGCUUGCAAAGGUUUGCUCAGACAUUAAUAAGCCCAAUGGACAGUUCAUACUGCCAAAUGACAGGAAGGCUAUCAUGACCUUUAUAUCAUCGCUUCCCAUCCGGAAGAUAGGGGGUAUCGGUAAGGUGACCGAACAUGUUCUUAGAGAUGUUCUUGGAAUCAAAACUUGUGAGGACAUUCUACAGAAUGGUGCUUUCCUCUGUGCACUAUUUUCAAGCUGUUCAAGUGAUUUCUUCCUUUCUGUUGGGCUUGGCUUAGGGAGAACUGACACUCCUGACAUUAAGACGCGGAAGAGUAUCAGUAGUGAAAGAACAUUUCAUGCUACCAAUGAUGAGAAUUUCCUUUUUCAAAAACUAGCUGACAUUGCUGAGACACUAUCAAAUGACAUGAAAGAGAAAUGUCUUAGUGGGCGGACAUUGACAUUGAAGUUAAAAACUGCUUCUUUUGAGGUCCGAACUAGAGCAAUAUCUCUGCAAAAAUGGAUUCAUUCAAAGGAAGAUAUUCUAAGUUGCGCUUCAAGGAUUCUCGAGGCUGAACUUCCUCUUUCAUUGAGGUUGAUAGGUCUGCGCAUGUCACAGUUCAGUGAUGACAAAAACAGUCAUGUGGAUCCUAUGCAGAAAAGUAUUGUUGCUUUUUUGUCUGGUGGGGAUGCAAAUUCAACUCCUACGCCGCCCAAGAAACAAGUUUGUUUAGAAGUUGGUGAUAAGCUUGAGGAUCACGAUGGUUUAGAUUUUAGCGAGGGGCAAUCCAAGCAAGAUGUGGAACUUGAUUUUCGAGUUGCUGAUGAUCACACUGAUGAUAAAAAUGAUGAUAGAUUUUCGCUUUUAUGUGAUUCUCAUUGUUCCGUUUCUAGCAGCAUUGCAGAGAAUUUCAAAAUGAAUGAUUCGUAUUUGGACGAGUCCAAACCAAACAAAUCAGUGCAACCAGAUGAAUUAACUUGUUCAGUUGAGAGACUAAUCGAGGAAGUGGGUUUGAUAUGGGUGGAUGACUAUAUUUGUUCAGUUUGUGGUAUAGAGUUGCCACCAAGUUUUAUUGAAGAGAGGCGAGAACAUUCUGAUUAUCACUUAGCGGAGAUGCUCCAGAAGGAGGAAUCUUCGCGUGGCAGAGGCCAUCUUGCACAAGAGAGAAGUGGGACGGGGAAAAUGGAGAGCUAUCUGAACGAGAACUUUAGCGGGGUUAAGCCGAAGAAUUCUUCGGAGGAAGCUUUGCGGCGAUGGCGGAAGCUUUGUGUUUUGGUGAAGAACCCCAAACGGCGCUUCCGUUUCACUGCUAAUCUCUCCAAGAGGUCCGAGGCCGAGGCCAUGAAGAAAACUAAUCAGGAGAAGCUACGGAUAGCUGUUCUUGUUUCAAAAGCUGCAUUGCAGUUCAUUCAAGGUUUUGAAUUUUUUAAUAGCUUCCAUGAAUCUUAACUGACUUUUGACGUAUUGUACUUGUUUUGAUACUUGAUGCUAGUGGCAGCAUCCUCCGGCAUUCUACCACGCAGUGAGUACAUUGUUUCCGACGAGGCGAAGGCAGCUGGCUUUGGCAUUGAUGCUGAUGAAUUGGGGUCCAUUGUUGAAGGCCAUGACUUGAAGAAACUGAACAUGCAUGGUGGUAUAGAAGGUAUUGCAACCAAGCUCUCUACAUCAACAGAAAAUGGACUUUUCUCUGAUGAAGAUAGACUGAAAUGCAGGCAGGAUGUCUUUGGUAUAAAUAAGUUUACUGAAAGACAGCACAGAAGCUUUUGGGUAUUUGUAUGGGAAGCACUUCAAGACACCACUCUUAUGAUUCUUGCCGUCUGUGCUGUUAUAUCCCUCAUUGUCGGUGUUGCCACGGAAGGAUGGCCAAAAGGAGCUCAUGAUGGUCUUGGGAUUGUUGCAAGCAUCCUAUUAGUUGUUUUUGUGACUGCAACAAGCGAUUAUCGGCAGUCUUUACAAUUCAAAGAUUUAGAUAAGGAGAAAAAGAAGAUUUUUGUUCAAGUUACAAGAAAUGGCUAUAGAAAGAAGAUUUCUAUAUAUGAUCUUCUUCCUGGUGAUAUUGUUCAUCUAGCAAUUGGUGAUCAAGUACCUGCUGAUGGCCUCUUUGUAUCUGGCUUCUCAGUAUUGAUAGAUGAAUCUAGUCUCACUGGGGAGAGCGAACCUGUUGCUGUUAAUUGCGACAAUCCUUUCCUUCUAUCUGGAACUAAAGUUCUGGAUGGAUCUUGUAAAAUGCUUAUAACAACUGUGGGCAUGAGAACCCAGUGGGGUAAGCUGAUGGCUACACUUUGUGAAGGCGGCGAUGAUGAAACUCCUUUACAGGUCAAGCUGAAUGGGGUUGCAACUAUAAUUGGAAAAAUUGGUUUAUUCUUUGCAGUGGUGACAUUUGCUGUUCUUUCUCAACGCCUUUUGACCAUUAAAUAUCAGGAUGGCCAAUAUUUUAGCUGGUCAGGUGAUGAUGCAUUAGAGAUGUUAGAAUAUUUUGCUAUUGCAGUAACAAUAGUAGUAGUUGCAGUGCCAGAAGGAUUGCCCUUAGCCGUGACCUUGAGCCUGGCUUUUGCCAUGAAGAAAAUGAUGAAUGAUAAAGCUUUGGUGCGCCACCUUGCAGCCUGUGAAACAAUGGGCUCGGCGACAUCAAUUUGUAGUGACAAAACUGGAACCCUGACAACUAAUCACAUGACAGUUGUGAAAGUUUGCAUCUGUGAAAAUAUCCAUGAAUUGAACAAUUCCCAGAAGGAUAUUAGCAUAAGGUCCCUCUUUCCUGAUUCUGCUGUAAAAACUAUUCUCGAAUCCUUAUUCAAUAACACCAGUGGUGAAGUUGUGAUAAACCAAAAUGGAAAGCUUGAGAUUUUAGGCUCUCCAACUGAAACUGCCUUGUUGGAAUUUGGUUUGUCAUUGGGUGGAAAUUUCCCGGCGGUACGUCAACAAACAAAGCUUAUCAAAGUUGAACCUUUCAAUUCCACAAAGAAGAGAAUGGGUGUGGUACUUCAGUUGGCUGAAGGAGGAUAUCGUGCACAUUGUAAAGGUGCCUCAGAAAUAAUUUUGGCUGCUUGUGACAAGUUUAUAGAUCAUAAAGGUAAUGUUGUUCCUCUGAAUGAAGCAGCUGCAAAUAAAUUGAAAGAAACAAUUGAGAACUUUGCCAGUGAAGCUCUUCGAACGUUAUGCCUUGCCUAUAUGGAUAUUGAAGAUAAUUUCAUGGCGGCAAAGCAGAUACCGGUGUCGGGAUACACCUGUAUUGGAAUUGUUGGUAUCAAGGAUCCUGUGCGACCUGGUGUUAAGGAAUCAGUAGCGAUAUGCAAGUCAGCUGGUAUUUUUGUAAGAAUGGUCACAGGAGAUAACAUAAAUACUGCAAAAGCAAUUGCUAGGGAAUGCGGUAUUCUUACUGAUGGGGGUCUAGCUAUUGAAGGUCCCAAGUUCAGGGAGAAGAGUUUAGAAGAGUUGAUGCAAUUGAUCCCCAAUCUUCAGGUAAUGGCUCGGUCUUCACCCAUGGAUAAACAUACAUUGGUAAACCACCUGAGGUCUUCAUGUAAUGAGGUUGUUGCUGUGACUGGUGAUGGAACAAAUGAUGCUCCUGCACUUCAUGAGGCGGAUAUUGGACUUGCAAUGGGAAUUGCAGGGACGGAGGUGGCAAAGGAGAGUGCUGAUAUCAUAAUACUUGAUGACAAUUUUUCAACAAUCGUGACUGUGGUGAAGUGGGGGCGUUCUGUAUACAUAAACAUCCAAAAAUUUGUGCAGUUUCAACUCACUGUGAAUAUUGUUGCUCUGAUUGUUAAUUUCUUGUCAGCUUGCUUUACAGGAAAUGCACCACUUACUGCUGUUCAGCUGCUUUGGGUCAACAUGAUUAUGGAUACUUUAGGUGCUCUUGCAUUAGCUACUGAACCGCCUAAUGAUGAAUUAAUGAAAAGAACACCCGUUGGAAGAAAAGGCAAUUUUAUCACAAAUAUAAUGUGGAGAAACAUUUUAGGACAAGCAUUCUACCAGUUUAUUGUAAUUUGGUACCUCCAGACAGAAGGGAAGCGGCUUUUUCAUCUUGAGGGGCCUACAACUGAACUUACCUUGAAUACACUUAUAUUCAACACAUUUGUUUUCUGUCAGGUCUUCAAUGAGAUUAGCUCCAGAGAGAUGGAAAAAAUUGAUGUACUCCAUGGCAUCCUACAGAACUACAUCUUUGUUGGAGUUGUCAUCAGUACUGUCAUCUUCCAAGUCAUAAUUGUUCAAUUACUUGGUGAUUUUGCCAGUACAACACCUCUUACACCAUGGCAGUGGCUUGUUACUGUGUUCAUCGGGUUCCUAAGCAUGCCAAUUGCUGCUGCGAUUAAGUUGAUUCCAGUUGAAUCUAGGUGAAGCCAUGUGCUGGAGACCUGACUUUACUUAGGCUUCGUUUGGGAUGGCUUUUUUACUGCUUCUUAAAACGUCUUUUUAAUUCAAAACUUAAAAUUUUUAUACUACAAAGUCGUUUUAAGCAGUAAAAAAAGCCGUCCCAAAUAAAGCCUUGGCUUGAGAUCAAAAUUCCCAACAAAUAGAAAAAAGAUCAUUUAGCUUCCUCUACAUAGAUGUUUCAGAUUUGCUUAUUUUGAUUCAUUUCAGUAUCUCAGCAGAUAAUCCAGUACUUUUGUCUGGGACAGAGAAACGGAUAGAACCAAAAUUUUCAGAUCUCUUUGCUGGCCUUUGUAUCUGCUCUCUGGCUGCUCUAAAACUGUAUACGAGGACCACAAACUUUUUUUUCAAUUUUCUUUUGUCUACGAUUCCAUUUUUUUAAUGGAAAUAUUUAACUCAAUUUUGUCUUCUUGUACUUCUUUUGGUCAUCGUCGUUUCUUUUUCUUUCUUAUAUAUUGUUGAGUGUUUAUGUACUAAAAAAUUCAUAUGCAAACCAUGAUACUUGAAAUGGCAAGUUGUUUUUUCUUCAA